AACUGCUGUGUGUAAGCCUCACUCCACUUGACAUAUCGCAACAUUCUGGGUAGGUCUGUGGAACUUUGCUCUGUUCGAAAGCUGCUUAUGCUACUGUGAUUAUGCAUGUGUGUGAGGAAAGGAAGAGAGACAGUCCUCACAGAUACGUUUACAGGAAGCACCAGCACUAGUUACAAAGUUUGAAAGCUGUUGACUCUGUCAUCUCUUGGAUCCCUCCGAGUUGAAAACCAGCUGCACACAAUGCCGUCUUUUGAUGAGAUUUUAAAAGAAGCUGGGGAAUUUGGAAGGUUCCAAAAGAGGGUCUUUUUCCUCCUUUGCCAGACAGGAAUAACUUUUUCUUUUCUAUUUGUUGGAAUGGUAUUUCUUGGGCACAGACCAGAGAACUAUUGGUGCAGGAUCCCUGGAGCAGCAGAAUUAAGCGAGCGAUGUGGAUGGACCCUUGAAGAGGAACAAAACUAUACUGUGCCAGCUCUGAACUUUGUAAACAGGUCUUCCCGUGGCCAGUGUGAGAGGUUUGACAUAAAGUGGAAUAACACCUCUGUGAGCUGUGCCAACCCACUGUCCCACUUUACUAAUCACAGCUUGGGCAGCGUGCCGCUUAUUUCUUGCCAGGAUGGCUGGGUAUAUAAACAACCCCACUCUACGAUCGUCAGUGAGUAUAACCUUGUAUGUGCCAAUGCCUGGAUGCUAGAUCUAACACAAGCUGUCCUCAAUCUGGGGUUUCUGACAGGAGCAUUCACUCUAGGCUAUGCUGCAGACAGAUAUGGAAGAAUCUGUAUUUACCUCUUAUCAUGCCUUGGAGUAGGGUUAUGUGGCCUCGCUGUGGCAUUUGCACCAAACUUUUCCAUAUUUUUGAUCUUUCGUUUCCUACAAGGUGUAUUUGGAAAGGGAACCUGGAUGACAGCCUAUGUUAUUGUAACAGAGAUAGUUGGCUCAGAUCAGCGAAGGAUUGUUGGAAUUGUGAUACAGAUGUUCUUCACCCUUGGAAUCAUGAUUCUCCCUGGGAUUGCUUACCUGAUUCCCACAUGGCAGGGGAUUCAGCUGGCCAUAACACUCCCCAAUUUCCUUUUCCUGCUGUAUUACUGGGCAGUUCCUGAAUCUCCACGCUGGUUACUGACACGCAAAAAAGGGGAAAAGGCAUUAAAAAUUAUGCGCACUGUUGCCAAGCACAAUGGGAAACAUCUCUCGCCACAUUACUCUGAGAUCACAGUUACAGAUGAAGAAAUUAGUAAUCCAUCAUGUCUCCAUCUGGUUAGAACUCCCCAGAUGAGAAAAUACACAUUGAUUCUAAUGUAUGCCUGGUUCACAAGUGCCCUGGUUUACCAAGGACUUGUUAUGCGCCUAGGGAUUAUAGAAGGAAACCUCUACCUAGACUUCUUCAUCUCAGGAGCUGUGGAAUUACCAGCAGCUCUCUUGAUUUUACUGACUAUUGAUCGAAUUGGUCGACGCCUUCCAUUUGCUAUAAGCAACAUAGUGGCAGGAGUGGCAUGCUUAAUUACUGCAGUCUUACCAGCAGAUAUCCUGUGGUUGAAAACCUCAGUAGCCACCCUUGGAAGACUGGGAAUCACGAUGGCUUUUGAAAUUGUGUAUCUUGUGAACAGUGAAUUGUAUCCUACAACAUUAAGAAACUUCGGUGUGUCGCUGUGUUCGAGUUUGUGUGAUCUAGGGGGUAUCAUAGCCCCUUUUCUUCUUUUCCGGUUAGCGGCCAUCUGGAUGGAGCUACCUCUAAUUAUCUUUAGUGUACUUGCAGUUGUUUGUGGGAUCUUAGUACUAUUUUUACCUGAGACAAAGGGAAUUUCCUUACCAGAGACAGUGGAGGAUGUGGAACAGCUUUCCAGUCUCCAAAGUAAAAGUGGCAGGAAAAAAAAGCAUCAAGAUAUCACCUCCUAUAUAUGAUCUUUCACUAAAAGCACCAAGCCAAAUGUGUCCGUUCUCACACGAGGAACUAGGUUUCCACCAGAUAAUUGCUUUAAAGUCUUCAGGAGAAGAUGGAUUGAGCUGUGUUAUAAGAGAUGCCUUUAAGUACUUCUUUUAAGAAUGAAGACAUUCAAAAGAAGCAUUGUAUUUUUAUACAGCUACAGAAUAAAAGCAUAUUUUCUGAGUUCAUUGUUUCCAGGAAGGGAAUGCUGUAUGAUUCUUGUUAGAGAACACCCAGUUAAAUCAGCUGCUUUACCUGGCCCCAUAAGAUCCUACUUAUUUGUAUAUGUUUCGGUCAUUUGUUCAUCCCUGUUACAAAAAUUGGGUGAGAUUGUGGUUUAAAACUGAGAUGGUUUGGAGAGAGGGGAAGCAGAAUUUCAGUAGCUUUAUGUCCCACCAAAGGAUAAAGCCUCUGAAGAAUCAGAAAAGCAAAAGAAGAAUUGCUUAGGGAUCCAGGGACCUGAUGACAUUGAGGAUGGAGAGAGUGUGAGCCUCAUUUCUAAUGUGUAGAUGUCAAAAGGAUAUUCUGAAUAUUUGGGGCAGAUCCAUAUUACAAAGUUGGUGAAGGAACUACUGGAUAGUUACUAAAUAUAGUGAGUAUCACAUUGUAAUUGAACAAAUAAUGCUCCAAAAUGACCACCUCAAAAGCUUGCCAUGGAACAAAUAUUGGUAAGAUGGAGUUUCAAUAAAGUAGUGGGGAAUAACCAAUAUCACUGGGACUCAGUUUGCUUGUAUACAGUACAUCAACGCUUUCUAUUUCCACCCAACUGCCAUGUCUGAUUAAAGAAAAUAGGAACCAUGCAAGCAACAAAAUGCAUGCAUGCUUAGAACAGACAACAGAAGGAGGGACCAUGAGAAGCAGAGGACCAACAGAACUACUUUUCAAUAAGAAUUUCCCUGGACACAUAGUCAAAUGACUUUAAGUUAUUUGACAGAACUCUCUACAAACAAAAAGGAAUGUCACCGAGGCUACGUCUACACUGCCGGGGGGUGUUCGGAAAAAGAUAUGCAAAUUGCAAUCCACAAUUUGUCUAUCUUUUUCUGCUUGUUUUUUUGAAAGACGCUUUUCCAACAUUGGCUCAUCUACAUGGGGCCAAAGGCCAGAAAAACCUCUCUUUCAGAACAUUUUAUGAGGAAUAAGGGAUGGUGAAAGAAUGCCCCUGCUUUUUUGGAAACUGUUCAGAAAAAGCAGACACGUUCCCUGGACAUAGUCCAGUCUAGACAUAGCCCAAACGUGUUUCUCUGUUAUGAUAUAUUGCUAGAUGGUUUGUAAUGCCAAAUGAGAACACAUUAGCGUAUUUUGAUGCUGUCCUCUGAGAGACAAUUUAUUCUUAUGCUACUAAAAUUACCAGGCUUAUCUGAUCAAACAGACAUUCUCCUAAACUGAUAGUGGGCUUGUAUUUAAUUUUUUCUCAGUUCCUAGAGUACUGUGAUGGGGAAGAAGCUCCCCGCACUGACAUAGUUGCCCCGGCUGAGGCGCCGGGUGGCGCGGCCAGGCGGAACCCCGGGAAAAGUGCUCGGUGGGAACCGAGCCCGGGGGACAAGGAGGCAGACGGGCAGGCAACCCGGAGCAUGCAGCCGGAGGACCGGAGGAGGAGCGCCGGACUCCCGCAGCCCAGGCCCAGCGCGAGACCUCCCAACCCGGGGCCCCUAGGACGGGGACAGGCGGCGGACGGCUCCGACCCCCCCCACCCGGGGAGGACAGACGGCCGAGCCCGCUGGAGAGCCAACCCCCGUUGCCGGCUCGGGAGUGGGGCCAAAGGUGGGGAGCUGCUUCCCGCCACCAGCCUGAGGAUAAGCCCGGGAGCAGCGGUAGCCGCCCCAGGGAGAGAAACCAAAGGGACAGAGACCAAAGGACAGAGACUUGGGGGAAGAGACUGAAGGGGAGAGGCGCGGGCGAGUGGAGAAACGGGGGACCCCGGAGCUUAGGCCGCUCGUCCUCGCCACAAGUACCAUGGUACAAGAGUUCUCUCAGUUCUGCAGUAGUGCUUGUAGCUUGCAAAGGCAGUUGUGGGUCAUUUUAAAUUAUAUUGGUUUUAAGCAGGGUUACUUGAAGUUUUCAGUGAAGGGAGGAAGUUUGUGUUGUAUUGGUCAACUGCUGUUAUUGCACUUUGUUGUUGCUUGGUAUGUGAUGGAGAACUUAAGGCAUGGGAACUUAUUUUUUCAGGUCUAUCUAACUGUACUUUGUUCAGAGUAGCAUUCUGUGGUACUCAAAAUAAAAUGCAGACAAUGUAUGUUAGUAUUUAAAAUAA